GUCACUCUAAUCGUCUGCUUUUUUUUGUUGUCGGCUUGCUAAUCCUCGGGUGAAGAAUAUAAAUGUUUCAAUAUAGUAACUUGGUGUAAUCGCUAAACAGUUUUGUGAGAAAUCGGCCAGACGCAGGUACUUAGUGAAAAGCGUGGUGCGUCGACUCAUAUAUCGCCUGCGAAUUUCGUCUUUGCCGCCCUUCGUUUGUCGGCGGCACCCAAGGAACGCGACUGAAAAAAUCGUGCAACUUUUAAAUCAGUUCCAGCAAAGGCUCAAGAGCUGCGGCAGCAUCAUGGAGAACGGCAACAAGGCAAUGUCCAUCGAACAGAUGUACCAGAAAAAGUCGCAGCUGGAACAUAUCCUGCUGCGGCCGGACUCGUACAUCGGGUCUGUGGAGUACACCAAGGAGCUGAUGUGGGUGUACGAUUUUGAGAAGAGUCGAAUGGUGCAGAGAGAGCUCUCUUUCGUGCCGGGUCUGUACAAGAUCUACGACGAGAUUCUGGUCAAUGCUGCCGACAAUAAGCAACGCGACAAAUCCAUGAAUACCAUUAAGAUCGACAUUGAUCCGGAGCGUAAUGUAGUCUCCAUCUGGAAUAAUGGCCAGGGUAUUCCUGUAACUAUGCACAAGGAGCAGAAAAUGUACGUGCCAACGAUGAUUUUCGGGCAUCUGCUGACCUCUUCAAAUUACAACGACGAUGAGAAGAAGGUCACUGGCGGCCGAAACGGCUACGGUGCGAAGCUCUGCAACAUAUUUUCCACCAGCUUCACUGUGGAAACAGCCACGAAGCAGUACAAGAAGAGCUUCAAGCAAACCUGGGGUAACAACAUGUCAAAGGCCUCCGAGGCAGCGAUUAAGGACUUCAAUGGCAGCGACUUCACACGCAUUACAUUCAGCCCCGAUUUAGCCAAGUUCAAGAUGGACCGUCUGGACGAAGAUAUUGUGGCUUUAAUGUCUCGCCGCGCCUUCGACGUAGCAGCUUCUACUAAAGGUGUUGCUGUGUACCUCAAUGGCAAUAAGCUGACGGUCAAGAAUUUCAAAGACUACAUCGAUCUACACGUUAAGAAUCAGGAUGACGAUGCUGGACAGCCCAUCAAGAUCGUCCACGAAGUGGCCAACGAGCGCUGGGAGAUAGCCUGCUGCCCAUCCGAUCGCGGGUUCCAGCAGGUCUCAUUCGUCAACUCGAUUGCCACUACCAAGGGGGGUCGGCAUGUGGAUCACGUUGUAGACAAUGUUAUUAAGCAGCUUAUCGAGGUCUUGAAGAAGAAAAACAAAGGCGGCAUUAACAUCAAGCCAUUCCAAGUGCGUAACCAUCUUUGGAUCUUCGUCAAUUGUCUGAUUGAGAACCCAACAUUCGACUCUCAGACUAAGGAAAACAUGACGCUGCAAGCGAAGAGCUUUGGUUCCAAAUGCACUCUCUCCGAAAAGUUUAUCACCGGCAUGUCCAAGUCUGGUAUUGUUGAGUCGGUCUUGGCGUGGGCCAAAUUCAAGGCGCAGAACGACAUUGCCAAGACAGGAGGGCGGAAAUCAAGCAAAAUCAAGGGCAUACCCAAGCUGGAGGACGCCAACGAAGCUGGUGGCAAGAACUCGAUUAACUGCACUCUCAUCUUAACGGAGGGAGACUCGGCCAAAUCCUUAGCUGUCUCAGGCCUCGGUGUGAUCGGUCGAAAUUUCUACGGAGUGUUUCCGCUUAGGGGAAAGCUGCUGAACGUGCGUGAGGCAAACUUUAAGCAGCUCUCCGAGAACGCAGAAAUAAACAAUCUGUGCAAGAUUAUCGGGUUGCAGUAUAAGAAGAAAUACCUAACCGAGGACGAUUUGAAGACAUUGCGGUACGGCAAGGUAAUGAUUAUGACUGAUCAGGAUCAAGACGGAUCUCACAUCAAGGGUCUGUUGAUCAACUUUAUCCACACCAACUGGCCGGAGCUACUGCGUCUCCCUUUCCUUGAAGAAUUUAUUACGCCGAUCGUCAAGGCUACCAAAAAGAACGAGGAAAUCUCGUUCUAUUCGCUGCCGGAGUUUGAAGAGUGGAAAAUAGAUACGCCCAAUCACCAUACGUACAAUAUCAAGUACUAUAAGGGUUUGGGUACUUCGACCUCCAAGGAGGCAAAGGAGUACUUCCAAGACAUGGAGCGCCAUCGCAUCCUUUUCAAAUACGAUGGCUCUGUGGACGACGAAAGCAUCGUGAUGGCCUUUUCGAAGAAGCACAUUGAGUCUCGAAAAGUGUGGCUUACCAACCACAUGGACGAGGUUAAACGGCGCAAGGAGCUGGGGCUUCCCGAGCGAUAUCUCUAUACCAAAGGCACCAAACACAUCACCUACGCGGACUUCAUUAACCUGGAGUUGGUUCUCUUCUCUAACGCCGAUAACGAGCGCUCCAUUCCCAGUCUUGUGGAUGGCCUGAAGCCCGGCCAGCGCAAGGUCAUGUUCACCUGCUUCAAGAGAAACGAUAAGCGAGAAGUGAAGGUAGCCCAGUUGUCCGGCUCAGUGGCCGAGAUGUCGGCCUAUCACCACGGAGAGGUCUCACUGCAGAUGACUAUCGUGAAUUUGGCACAAAACUAUGUGGGCUCCAACAACAUUAAUCUGCUUGAGCCACGAGGUCAGUUCGGUACUCGCUUGACGGGAGGCAAGGAUUGCGCUAGUGCUCGUUACAUUUUCACCCUGAUGUCCCCACUGACCAGAUUGAUUUACCAUCCUCUUGAUGAUCCGCUGCUCCAGUACCAAACCGAUGACGGGCAGAAGAUUGAGCCGUUGUGGUAUCUUCCUAUUAUUCCCAUGGUUCUGGUAAACGGUGCCGAGGGUAUAGGCACUGGUUGGGCUACUAAGAUAGCCAAUCACAACCCCCGCGAGAUAAUGCAGAACUUGAGGCGACUGAUAAACAGCGAAGAACCGAAGCUGAUGCAUCCAUGGUACAAGAAUUUCACUGGUCGGAUGGAGUAUGUCUCGGAUGGUCGCUACGUGCACUCUGGCAACAUCCAAAUCCUACCCGGCGAUCGAGUAGAGAUCACUGAGUUGCCUGUUGGUGUGUGGACACAGAACUAUAAGGAGAACGUAUUGGAGCCGCUUGCCAACGGCACAGAGAAGGUAAAGGCCGUGGUAUCAGAGUAUAGGGAGUACCACACAGAUACCACAGUGAGAUUCGUGGUCAGCUUCGCUCCCGGCGAGUUCAACCGCAUUAGAUCCGAGGAAGGAGGAUUCCAUCGCGUGUUCAAGCUGACCUCUUCGCUCUCCACCAACCAGAUGCACGCGUUCGACCAAAACAACUGCCUACGUCGCUUCCCAUCAACAUUGGAUGUUCUAAGGGAGUUCUACAAGCUCCGGCUAGAGUACUACUGCCGUCGGAAAGACUAUUUGGUCGGACAACUGACAGCGCAGGCCGAUCGACUGAGCGACCAAGCCCGUUUCAUUCUCGAGAAGUGCGAGAAGACCCUUGUGGUUGAGAACAAGCAAAGGAAGGCCAUGUGCGAUGAGCUGGUUAAGCGUGGCUAUCGGCCCGAUCCUGUCAAGGAGUGGCAGCGCCGUAUCAAGUUGGAGGAUGCCGAGCAAGACAACGACGAUGAAGAUGAAGAAGCUGAAGAGGCAGCUCCCAGUGCCAGCUCGAAGGUCAAAAAGGAAAAGGAUGUGGAUCCGGAAAAAGCGUUCAAGAAGCUAACUGAUGUAAAGAAGUUCGACUAUUUGCUGGGCAUGUCCAUGUGGAUGUUGACCGAGGAGAAGAAGAACGAGUUGUUGAAACAACGCGACGCCAAGCUGGCAGAACUGGAGAAUCUUCAAAAAAAGACUCCCGAGCUUCUUUGGUUAGACGAUUUGGACGCCUUGGAGCAGAAGCUGAACGAGGUGGAGGAAAAGGAAAGACUCGAAGAGAUGGGUAUUAACCUCAAAACGGCCAAGUCGCUGAAGAGCCAAAAGGGCGCCACCACAGCUAAGGGGCGUAAAGUAAAAGGAUCGGCAGCUCCAGGCGCUGGCGAUGUAUUCCCCGAUCCCGAAGGCGAGCGGGUUGAGUUUAAGGUUACCGAAGAAAUUGUCAAGAAGAUGGCUGCUGCGACGAAGUUGGCGGUAGCCAAAAAGGAGCCAAAGGAACCCAAAGUUAAAAAGGAGCCCAAAGGGAAGGCCGGUAUUAAGGCGGAGCCCGACGCCGAAGAGGUGGAUGAAUUCGAUGCCCUUGUGGAGGGAGGCUCCAAAACUUCCCCCAAAGUCAAGAAGGAAGUGGUCAAGAAGGAACCAGCAGAGAAGAAGCCUCGCCAGAAAAAGGAGAACGGCGGUGCCCUCAAGCAGGCAAAACUUGACUUUAGCAAAUCCAAGGCCAAGAAAACCAAUACCCCCCCGGAUGCAAGCGACGAUGAGGUUGCGCCACGUGCAGAGCGUCCUGGACGUCGAGCGGCCAGCAAGAAGAUCGAUUAUAGCUCACUGUUCUCAGAUGAAGAAGGUGGCGGCAACGUGGGAUCCGACAAUGGAGAAAACAGCGAUGCUGCUGAUGACGGCGAUGCUAAUGAGAGCGAGUCCACCCCCAUCAAGCCCCCAUCAACUAAAAAGCGGGUUAGGGAAGACGACAGUAGCGGAGGGCCCAAAAAGAAGGCUGCGCCCAAAAAGCGACGUGCCGUCAUCGAGAGCGAUGAGGAUUCCGAUGUUGCAUUCGUCGAUGAUGAUGAUGAUUCGGAUUUUGAAUGCUGAAGAUCUAAACUACCAAUUACGCAUAUACAUAUGUAAUUUCUCAACUCAUUUCUCGCCUAAUUCUAGGAAAAGUAUUUAGCAAGAAACGAGCGAUCGCAAUCGGCAUUACAAUUAGGAGGCAUUAAGUCCGAGGAGGCAUACACAUAAGCACAUUCGACCGCUCCAAUUGUUAAUAAUUUCACAGCCCUCAAUCACUCUUUUUUUCGUCUGUUUUAUUUUUUCGUGUUUCAAGUUUAUCUUAGAUUUUUACUUCGAUACAUUCAUUUAUUGUUUCUGAUCUCUGUCCCAGAGCAAAGAGUAUAUCCACCAACAGGAAUUGCUAUUUCCGUAUUAACAUGUUUUAUAAAAGUAGUCUUAGGCCCAUAACUUCGUGUAAAUAAACCAGUUUUACCCAAUAAUA